UGCAUCUGCUCGGGAUCUCUGCUGACCAAGAAAGCAUCUGCACCGAGCUUUUCAAUGGCUUCCUUCUUUUUACUCUCAGAAGUACUGAUCACCGUCACUUUAGCCCCAAAUGCCUUAGCAAAUUUGACAGCCACAUGACCGAGCCCACCAAGGCCAACAACACCAACAUGGGUUCCAGGUUUAUCCAAUCCAAAAUGUCUCAAUGGGCUGUAAGUAGUAAUCCCAGCACAUAAGAGAGGAGCACCAGCAUCAAGUGGCAGCUUCUCCGGCCAGCUAAGCACGAAAUGCUCAUCGGCAACCAUUAUAUCAGAGUAGCCUCCAUAAGUGAUGCUCCCAUCUGGGUGUUUGUUGCCGUAUGUCAACACCAUUUUUGGGCAGUAGUUUUCAAGAUCUUCGGUACACAUCUCGCAGCUGCGACAUGACUCUACUAAGCAACCAACACCCACUUUGUCACCCACCUUCACUUUGGUCACCUUGCUCCCAACUUCAGUUACCACUCCCACAAAUUCAUGGCUGUGGGUCGUCAAUCACAACAAUUGGUAAUAAUAUUAAUUUCAGCAAUUAAGUACUCAGGAAAGGUUUAAUUGUAUGUAACUAGUUGUAUGGAGUUUACCCUGGCACGAUCGGAUAAGGAGUCGACCCCCAUUCGUUCUUAAUCAUGGCAAGAUCUGAAUGACAAAUCCCACAAUACAACACCUUAAAUUGCACAUCCUUCUCACCAGUGGCCCUUUCAAAUGAAAUAAUACUCGCAUUAUUAAAAUCCAUAAUUCAGACAACAAGAGAAAAAGCAGUAUGAGAAGUGUACCUUCUUGAGAAGUUGAACGGGGAGAGAUGGCCAGAAGGGUCUCUAGCAGCCCAUCCAAAGGCUUUCACUGGGUGCUCUGUCGCCAUUUCUGAGUCAAAGAUUUCUAUUUCUUUUUGGUAUAUAUAUAUAUAUGUGGAAUUUUGCAGAAGUUGGAAGAGGAGGAAAGGAAAAAUCACUGAUCAGAGAUGAUAUUUUGGAAUGAUUAAGGAGGAGAAUUCAGAAAAUGGAAUGACGAGUACAAUAAUUGAGUCAAGUGCGCGGGGUCGUAGUGGCUGUGGGCCGGUGAGCAAGAAUACCUUAAGAUUCGGAUUACAAUCAAACAUGUGAGAAUUUCUUUAAGGUUUCUGCCGACAACUAAUAUAUUGCUUUCGGAGGUUGACCAUAUGAGUUUGAUAUAAUUGAUGAUUGGACUGUAUUUACUAGUAGUAAUAUUACAUUUUUACGUGGGAAGAAAAGGGAAAAUAAAAAGGAGUUACUUAAUUUUGGGCCUGAAUGAUUCGGAUUCAAUUGGGCCUCCUUCUUAAUCACUCGGCCCUUUUACAUUAAUACCAAUCACUCCGUUCGUCGAUUCCCACUUCGACUUCCCAUUCCCUCCGGCACCGCCGUCGUUGUGUCAAUAGUGGUUCUACUUCUCUAAUUCCCCGGCGGAAGUUUUUCUGUUUGUUCUUCGUAUUAGAGCUUCCAUACUUUCUGCAACUAUAUGGAGUCUAACUCAGUCAGCCCUGCUGAAAUUAUUCGCAAAAUUGAGUCUCUAAAAUCCUCCAAGAAUGAUAUAGAGCGCCAAAUAUCCGCUUUGGAAGCUCAGCUUGAGAAACUAAACUGUAAUGAUUACGGAAGGAUUACUCAAAGCUCAAACGGAGAAAUCACUUCAAAUGGUUCAACUUGUCCUUUAGUCUCCAGCUUGGGUCCUGCUACUGGCCAUGGAUUGGCUCCGGACAUGAUUUAUAGAUACAGCCGCCAGCUCUUACUCCCUUCAUUUGGAGUUCAAGGGCAGGCGAAUCUCUUGAAAUCGUCAGUUUUAGUUAUUGGAGCUGGAGGGCUCGGGUCACCCGCACUUUUGUACCUGGCCGCUUGUGGUGUUGGUCGAAUAGGCAUUGUUGAUCAUGAUGUUGUUGAACUUAACAAUCUUCAUAGGCAGAUCAUUCAUACGGAAGCAUACAUUGGAAAGUCCAAGGUGGAGUCAGCUGCGGCUGCUUGUCGAGCGAUUAACUCAAAUGUUGAGAUUGUGGAGCAUAGAGAAGCCUUCCGAACUACAAAUGCGUUAGACAUCGUUCGAAAGUAUCCUUCAUUCCAUGCAUACAAACUUCCUCUUGUUUCUGGAGCGGCACUUGGACUUGAAGGACAGCUCACAGUCUACAAUUACAAUGGUGGUCCUUGCUAUCGAUGCUUAUUUCCAACUCCACCGCCUACAACAGCAUGUCAACGUUGUUCUGAUAGUGGAGUUUUAGGAGUUGUCCCUGGUGUUAUUGGGUGUCUUCAGGCCCUGGAGGCGGUAAAGAUUGCGAGUGCGGUUGGUGAUCCACUCUCCGGGCGGAUGCUUCUAUUUGAUGCGCUUUCUGCCCGGAUGCGAAUUGUGAAGAUUAGGGGAAAGUCAGCUCAGUGUGAAGCUUGUGGUGACAAAGCAGCUCUUAACGAAAGGCAGUUUCAAGAGAUUGAAUAUGAAAUCUUUACUCAGACUCCAUUCUCGACGGCACCUUUGAAAUUAAACCUGCUUCCAUUGGAGGCCAGAAUUACCAGCAAGGAAUACUACCAGAGAGUUGUAGGGGGAGAGCCGCAUGUGUUAGUAGAUGUAAGACCAGCUCAUCACUAUAAGAUUGUUUCACUUCCCAAUUCCAUUAACAUUCCCUUGUCAAGUUUGGAGGGGAGGCUGCCGGAAAUAUCAGAUGCGUUGGGCAAUAAGGAGGUAGAGACCAAGGAAGUAACCGCUGAUUCUGGGAGGGCUCUGUAUGUUGUUUGCAGAAGAGGUAAUGAUUCGCAAAGGGCGGUUCAAUACCUAAACAAAAUGGGAUUCAACUCGGCCAAGGAUAUCAUCGGAGGCCUCCAGUCUUGGGCCGAUGAUGUGGACCCCAAAUUUCCCAUGUACUAA